UAUACGUACGUAUGUAAAAAUAUGUAUGUAUACGUACGUGUAUGUAUGUAUGUAUAUGUACGUAUGUAUGUAAACGUACAGUAUAUGAGGUAGAUCACCUGGACUUGGUCAUUUAAAAAGUAGCUCGCCUGCUGAAAAGGUGUGAGCACCCCUGCUCUAGGUCCUCAUUUCAAGUCUCUUGAACGCAGCACCGCCUUCCACCUUCUGCUCUUAAGGUAGUUUGAAGUCUUCCAGCAGGGGGCGACAUUACCGGCAUUAGUGUUUGUCCUCCAUGUUGAAGCCAGUCACCUAGGCAACCGCGGCAGACAUGUCGGAGCUGCACCAGGCAGCGGCCGCGGCGGACUUUGAGCACGUGGAGGAGCUUUUGAGAGAGAAGAAAUGCAACCCCAACCAGAAGGACAUAGACUGGGGCAACAAGACUCCUCUGCACUGGGCCGCAGCCAACGGAGACGUGGAAACAGCCAGGCUCCUCAUGGACCACGGCGCUCGCCCCUGCCUGAGGACGGAGCUCGGGUGGACUCCGGCCCACUUUGCCGCGGAGGCCGGGUCGCUGGCGGUGCUGAGGCUGCUGCACUCCGUCCACGCGCCCCUGCACAAGGAGGACGCCAGCGGGGACAGGCCGCUGCGGUUUGCGGAAAUAUACGGACACAAGGAGUGCGUUCUCUUCCUUCAGAAGGCCGAGGCGGAGGGUCACGCCUACCGCAAAUCUGCAGCAGCCAAGGGAAUGUCGGUGGACGACACUGACGAGGAGUGGGAAGGAUGAAGAAAGACCACAUCUGCAUGACGGCGCGUCUUCAAGUCGUGACAUUGCUGGUUUUACCAGCAGAGGAGCAUGUUGGGCAGCGCACACACACAGAGUACUUACAAGCAGACACAGUGUGUAGACAGAAAAGGGAGAAUGGACGCAUUUUGGUGUAAAAAGUCCAGAUAAAGGUGAAGUUAUAACACUGAAACACCCUCAGGAAGAGCUGCUUUAAGACAUUUUAGCUACUCCUAAAUCACUAAUCCUGGUUUCCAUGGCGACAAAGUAAGUUUCUUACAAGUAUCAUUAUCACUGGAGGACGAGGAAUAUCUAAACAUGCUUCACUACACACCGUAGGAGGAUACAAUGUAAACAAACGCCAUGAGUGGAUCUACACCUGACAUCCACUGUAAUGAUACCAAGUACAGAAGCGUAUCUAGUCGAUACUACUAUGAUUACAUCUAUUUUUUUAUCUUAACAAAUUUUUUUUCCCUCAUAUUAUGUUUAUAAACUCAGCAAAUACGUCCCUGGACACAUGAGGACUUUGAAUAUGACCAAUGUAUGAUACUGUAACUACUUGGUAUCGGAUCCAUACCUAAAUGUGUGGUAUCAUCCAAAACUCAUGUCAAGUAUCAAAGAAGAGAAGAAUAAGUGAUUAUUACAUUUGAACAGAAGUGUAGAUAGAACAUGUUAAAAAAGAAAAUAAGCAGAUAUUAACACUAAAUGAACAUUUUUACAGUUUGUCCCUCAUAAUUUUGACAAAAUAAUAGAAUGAUAAAUGCUGCAUACGUCAGCAGACUAAUUAGGAGUCUUUGUUUGUUUACUUACUACUAAAAGACAAGUUGUCUAGUAUGUUCACUAUUUUAUUGAAGGACUAAAUGACAAUAAUAAACAUAUGUUUCAUGUACACUAACAUUUUUUUUGUUAAAAAUAAAGCCAAUAAUUACAUUUUUUGUGGUCCCCUUUUAUUUAAAAAAAGUAUAGAAAUACAUGUUGGUACCGGUACCAACACUAUCAGAAUGUUGGUGCCAGGAACUCGUACAGUAUUUGUAUGACUAAAUAAAUAAAUGAAUAGUAUCAGGUUCACAAUCAUAUUUUAAUUCAGGGGAGAGAAAGAGAAAAAAAUUGAGAACAACAAUCCUUAUUAAUGCAGUGCAAUUCAGGCUGGUAUUGGUGAUACCAAUUCUGUGUGCAAAUAUACCUAAUGUGUGUGAUAACGCCCUAUAAUCAACGUCACUUCGUAUUCACUAACGUAUUUACUAAGUUUAUGGAUAUAAUAUGAAUUAAAAAAAGUAUUUUGUGACGAUACAAAAUAUCGAUGUAAUCAUAGUAGUAUCGACUAGAUACGCUCCUGUACUUGGUAUCAUUACCCCCUUGUCUUGAGAAACCUUCAUAUUGAAGAUGUUCCAACAAAUACAUGAGGGCAGUUUUAGUGAAAGAGUUCGUAGACAAUAUAUCCUGAAGGAGUUGACAAAAGUCUGCGAUGAGGUGGCGACUUGUCCAGGGUGUACGCCGCCUUCCGCCCGAUUGUAGCUGAGAUAGGCUCCAGUGCCCCCCGCGACCCCGAAGGGAAUAAGCGGUAGAAAAUGGAUGGAUGGAUGAGUUGACAAAAGUUGAGCUAAGGAAAAUAAGGACAAGAUAUAUUACAUACCCAAUUCUUCAAAAUUAAAGAAAUACAAUUUUAAAUUGUUAUUUUUUCAUUGUAUUUGUAUUGACAUCCAGCAUCAGACAUUCCUAUCCAUUACAUCGGGGCGGUAUGGUCUCGGUUGGUACAGUGGCCGUGCCAGCGACUUGAAGGUUCCAGGUUCGAUCCCCGCUUCCGCCAUCCUAGUCACUGCCGUUGUGUCCUUGGGCAAGACACUUUACCCACCUGCUCCCAGUGCCACCCACACUGCUUUAAAUUGAACUUAGAUAUUGGCUUUCACUAUGUAAAAGCGCUUUGAGUCACUAGAGAAAAGCGCUAUAUAAAUAUAAUUCACUUCAUUCAUACAUCUGUUGUCUUCCCGAAAUGUCAAAAUAUAUUUUUUGGUUUAUAUUUAAGUU